CCGCUCGCCCGCCCGCUCCCCGGCUCCUCUCCGCUGCCUGGCCCGGCCCCGCCCGCGCCCUUCUCGCGAUACCAGCUUUCCCCAGGCGCCUGGGCCCGCCCCUCGAGCGUUCUCAUUGGGCGGACUCGCCGCCGCUCAGCCCGCCGGGAACUUCCGGUACCGCCCAGGAAGUUUUUCCGAGCGGAGCCCCCACUUCCGCCGCCGGUGGGACCGCGGCGCGGAGGCGGCACCGGGGACCCCGGGCUUUGCGAGCGACCGCUGAGCUGGCGGUUCCGGAGCCCCGCGGGGGGGAGCCCAGGCUGCGCGCGGCGGUCCGGGGGUGCGUCGGCCUUGCAGGUCCGGGUGGCAAGGCCGGGCCUGCGCCCCGCGCCCCCUGCUGGCGCUCCUGCCCGGGGUCGGGGUGCUGCCGGGAGAGCAGAUACCACGGGGCCGGGAGCGCUGCGCCGGGUGCCAGGCGUCCCUGUUGCAACACGCCUCCCUGGCUGCAGGUCGCCGAGGUGGAGGGAGAGUGAGGACGGAGCAGCUGAUGCCGUGGCGCCUGGCAUUCCUGGGCCCAGACCACAGCCCCGCCAGCCUGCCUUCCUGAAUCUGAAUCCACAUGGAAUGACAACCGGUGGUUAUAAAUGUAUUGGGUUUUGCGGGCAGGCCGUACAGAAAAGAUCCAAGGAAAAGAAUGGGAGGCCAAACAUCAUACGAAUCAGCGUAUGGUGAUAACGGCACUUCCAGUCCGCGGGGAAGAACGGGGGACACAGGAACCUCACUGGAGUCGGCGUCUGUACGAGCACUGAGAGGAAAUGAUGGCAAAUACGAGGCCUCCUGAGGGGGAUGCAUGUCCAAGCCUCACCCGGAAGCCCUCAAGGAGAAGUUUACAGCGAUUGGCUCAAAGAUGGGCAUGUGACCCAGGUUGGUCCCUGACUUAACUGGCGCGACCAGGAGAAGAACUGAUUUCUCUCUCCGCUGGAUCUGUCCUUCUAUGGCGAGAAGCCUGGCAUUGCCGGGGCCCGUCGCGUGAAACCCCAGAGAGAAGCGACCCCGAAGGUGGAGGUGAGGAGAGAGACCUGGCUUCUGGGUGACCUUCCUAGGCCGCGGUUAUGACGGCUUUUUUUCAUUCCUGCACAUUUCAUUGGUGAGCCCGUAAAUCCUCUUCCCGAUGAAGGCAACCGGAAAAGUCCCAGCUCCGACAAGCACAUACAUGCACGUGUGUGCACGGAGAACAGAAAAAGGACCAGUGCCGUGCCCGCCCCUCGUGAAAACACCAGCAAGAAUGUAAAAGAGCGGGGACGUGGUUGUCACUUGAACUAAAACCUCCCAGCGGGGACCGUGUUCUGGGAAAUGCUUCAGUGAGAAGCACGCCCUGCGCGUAGUUUUCUUGCAGGGCAAUUAGUCACUGGCCUGAACUUGGCGCAGUUCCACUUCCUGGAAUCUCAGGGCCCGCAGAGACUUGGCUACAAAACGUUCAUUACGGUGUUGCUUAAAGUAGCAAAACGCCUGCAAACAGCAACCUUGUGCAAUUAGAAGGCAUUGAUUACAUCGGGUGGACGCUAUGUAGCUAUUCAGACGGGCUGCAGGAGCAGGGUUCUGGGCUGGAAACGCCUGGCUGAUGGAUUGCUCCAUUCGUUUCCUCUGCUGUGUAACAGAUUACAGCCCCAGGAACUCGCGCAACACCCAUAAAUCAGCUCUCAGGUCUGCGGGCCCCGGGUGGGCAUGGCACAUCACAUCCGGUUCUCUGCUCAGGGUCUUGCAAAACGGAGAUCGCACACGGGCUCCUUCCAGCCCCUGCGGUUUUGGGGAGUCUGGUUUUUUUAAGAAUGAAAAUCAACAAAAAACCCCGUGUCCAUGCGGCAGUUACAGAAGCAGGGUGAAGAGUUCACACCGCCUCCCGGGCCUCUGCGUCCCCCCUGUAGCGGGGAGCGCACCCCGUCUUGCUGGUGGGACGCUGCCGGGUGCCUGGGACAGGGCCGCCCGCGGUGAGCACCGGGAGCUCGGCGACGCGUGAAGUCGGGAAACCUGACAUCAAGACUUCCCAGCGCCGUAUCUCGGGGCAGUGGGUUCCGUGUCCUUUCUGAGCUCCGUCCCGUUCACUGUCGGUGCUGAACAGACCGGUUACGCAAUAAAGGUUUCCGAGGAAGGGAGAGGGAGAGACGUCAACGAGGAGAGAGUCAUGGAUGGCCUGCCCCCCGCAGCCCCCCUGGGGAUGGAGCCCCCACCCGCGCCUGUGCCCUCGGCCUGAAUGGAACCAUGACCUCCCGCUUCCUAGGUGGGCCCUCAGCCCCGGGCCACGCCAGCCACGGGGCUGAAACUGUUUCAAGAAAAGCGAUCUCAGCGCCCCUGGUGCUGGUCCCCUGGGAGUGGACACCGGUCACCCCUGGGACUGAGCCACAGAGAUGGGGACUCGCCCACCCACUCCAGGUCCCGGUGUGUAUGUGGCCCCCCCCCCCCCCCCCGCCGCAGGGAGGAGGGGCGUGGCCGGCCCUGGUCUCCGUGGGAAAGGACCCGGCCUCCCCGGUGGAGCCUCUUCCCCGCGGGAGCAGCCACAGCUGGUCGCCUCGGAGCCCGUGGGGGCCCCCAGGGUUCCUUGUGGUUCCCCUGCCCCCCCUUCCAGCGCCCCCCCGCCCCCGCCUCGCGGCCCCGCGCGCACGGACACCCCGGCGCUGAAACCGGCGAGUGCGGGCGCGGCCUCGGGAGCCUCGGGCGGGACUCACCGAGCCCCGCGGCGCCGCCCGGUGAGCUUCCCGCCCCGCCCUGGGCCCGGUCCCCGCGGGGAAGUCGAUGGACCGGCGGCGGCGGCGGCAGCAUGCGGCUCCUGUUCCUGGCGGUGCUGCGGCCGCACACGGGCAACGCGGUCACGGCGCAGCGGGUGCGGGACCACCUGGAAGCCGAGGGCCACGUAUGCCUCCUGAAGGACGCCUCGGACUUCGCCGGCCCCGCGGACGUCGCCCACCUCAUCCGGGUGGAGGCCGUGCAGGCGGCCCUGGCGCUGCACCUCUGCCGGGCGGGCCAGCUGCUGCAGGGCCACGGCAUCCCCUUCGGGGUGAUCUUCGGCGGCACGGACCUGAAUGAAGACGUGCACCAGGGAGACAAGCACCUGGUGAUGGGGAAGGUCCUGGAGGAAGCCAGGUUCGCCGUGGCUUUCACCGAGUCCAUGAGGGCGGCCGCGGGCCUGCAGUGGCCACAGGCGAAGGGCAAGAUCUACGUCCAGGGUCAAGAAAAGACCGUCUGGUGGAUGCUGCCAGGGAUCCCCGAGCACCGGUGAAUGUUAAUUUUCCGGAGGACGUUGCCCGUGUCUCUGCCUGAGGACGUGACCCCGCUGGCAGACAGCCAUGUCCGGUUGGAGAAGCGGAGGUUAGGGAUUUGAAUAAGGACAUCAUUGCUCCCGGGACUAUUCGCGUUUAGUUGCCAAUGUUUUAGAAACCUGUCACUUGCACACAUUUUUUUAAAAAAAACUUAUUAUAGCAUCGCAUAGCAUUGAAAAAAAUACGUAUUUGAUUUUUGUAGAGAGAGGCAGGGAGAGGGAGCGAGAAAUAGAAACAUCCAUGAUGAGAG